AUGAGGUUUGAUCAGUAUGUUGAUGAAAACAAGACGUCUGAUGAUUUUAAGCCCCUGAUCCAUGAUCUUUUUGAAACACGUUGGCAUGGAACAGGACGAGAGAUACAGAUUGAGCGUGUCAAAGACCGUAAAAUUCCGUCCACGCUAGUAGAGCCUAAUUACAGUCACGAAGAGCUGAUCGAUAUGUUAGUCGGAUAUCUGGCGGAUAAUCGCUUUGAAAACGCUUUGAUCAACGGAUUAGUAACUGGCGAUGAUCUGGAAAUCGCCAACAGUUAUGGAUUCAAAGGAAGAAAUGCUGUCACCAAUCUAUUGAAGUCCCCGGAAUUCAGACUCGUACACACAAUAAUAGGAACGGAGACAUUUCUGGAUCUCUUGAUCAAUUACACGGCACGGAUGGGAAAUGUUUAUCUCUGGGGCGAAUUGAACGAAAGUAAUUACAAGAUGCAAUGCAGGUCAUCACAAUUGAGUAUAAAGAACAUGCUUUAUAGUGAGAUAUGGUCUUUGCCACGGCUGAAUCCGCUGCCUGAAUCUGCCUCUCUAAUUUAUGACGUUUUCAAAACGGAACAUGGUCGGCAUCCAAAACUUGAGUUUUUACUUGAGUCAAUGCGCAUUCAUCAUAUGAACCAUCAACCAGAUUAUCCAUAUAUAUUAGACUCGAUUUGUCCCGAACCAACAAACAUUAAAUCCAAUUUCGACUUAGCGGUGGGAAAAGAAUGCGUGAUAAAGUUUGUUACCAUAAUUCUUGAAAAGAUCAUGCCUAAGGAACUCUUUGGGUCGCCUCAUAAUAAGUCAGUGCUAUUCAAGAAGAUUGCCGAAGUUCUUAACAGCCAUAAAAAGGAUUCCAUUUAUGUUUGUAAUGUGGCAAAGAAUUUCAAGAUCACAGAUGUUGGCUGGCUGGUUCCAGAAAGAAAGAUGAACAAACACGAGUUCAUAAAAGCACAAAACACUUGGACUCAAUUCAUUUGGUGGUUUUUUAAUUCGAUGCUAUUCAAACUCGUAGCUUCUUUUUUUCAUGUCACAGAUAUCUCGCAAUCUUUUGAACUACUCUACUAUAGACAUGACACGUGGAGACGGAUUUCAAAACAUUUUAAAGACAAAUACUAUGGCCGGUUUCUGCAAAGGAGACCGCAGAAUUUGAAUAGCUAUUUCACUUAUGCAAGAAAUGACGAUUUUAUUGGUAGCCAGAAACUGCUACCGAAAGCUCAUGAUCUACGAUUUAUUACAAUGCCAUUCAAGGGUUCUAGGAAAAAUGUAUUCGAAUACAUGGAUCGUCAUAAGAAUGAAGUGAAGAUAGCAAACCUCGUUCUUUCACACAAACGGAGAAAAAACUGUAUUAACUCUGUAAGCGAUCUGCCAUACGAGCUGUUGAAAUACAAAAAUCAAAUUAGAGGCUCAGUAUAUGCCCUGAAAUUUGACAUCCGACAGGCCUAUGACACGUUGCCCAGAACGAUGAUACUGCCACUGAUUUCUGAGCUGCUCAAGGAGACACCCGAGACCUUUGAAUUUCACAUUAAACGCUAUUUUGUGCUGAGCGCACCAACUGCUACUGGAAAACGAAACCGCCGCAAGCUUUCAGUAUUGGAAGGGCAUGAAAGCACAUUUUCGGAUAAAGUGCUAUCCCACGCCAAUAGCCCUUCAGUAUUGAAGAAGAGUGAGAUUAUGAAGAUUGUCGAGCAGCAACUCGAACAUGUAGCUCUUCUCUCGUCAUCAGAGACGUUUCAUAGAAAAAGAGGUGUUUUCCAAGGUUUUCCGCUCUCCGGUGUCUUUUGUGAAAUCGUCUAUGACAAGCUCACAGAGUACCUGCUCUCGCUAGGAGGUGGCAAUGUGAAAAUCAUCCGGCUUGCUGAUGAUUUUCUAAUAUUAUCAACUCAGAUGGACAUAAUAGCCAAAUAUCAAGAUCUCAUUGAGAAACGCAUUCCCCAGUUCAAUAUAAUGGUGAACAAGCAAAAGAGUGUUGUGUCCGAGGAAACUAUUGAUUUCCUUGGGACCACAAUAAAUUUGAAGACACUAAGCGUCACGAAGAAUCUUGACUCCUAUGAUCUAACUCCAGUGCGAGUUUCAUCUUUCAAAGCUUUAUACUCCACUCUGGCGAUUCAUCUCAAGCAGGCAUUGGCCUCAGACUUCUUUAAUGCAGACAUCAAUGACGAGGACACUUUGAAACAAAAUAUACAGAUACUUAUUCAAUCCCUUUCCACGAGAUUUAAAAAAUCCAAGAAGUCGGUAGCAAGAAACGACAAAAUGGAAACUACAAGGUUUGACCAGUUUCUGCUACUAACGGAAAAGCUAAUACUUACGAAAGUAGGUACAUCAUACUUGACCUUUAUCCGUUCGCUUCUCAAAACUUUCUGA